AUGGAGACUAGUAUAAUUCUCUUUAUAUCUUCUGUUUUGUUUAUGGGUGUGGUUUUUGAGGGGAUUAAUGGUCAAGUUAACGGUUGGUUUAACGGUCAUGCUACUUUCUAUGGAGCCAAUCAGAGUCCCUCUUCCCUUGGAGGAGCUUGUGGUUAUGAUAACACUUUCCACGCUGGAUUUGGAACAAAUACAGCAGCGGUGAGUGGUGUGCUCUUCAGAGGUGGAGAGGCAUGUGGUGCUUGCUACCAAGUGAGGUGCAACUACAGGCUCGAGCCUAAGUGGUGUCUCCGACGCGCCGUUGUCACUGUUACUGCCACCAACUUCUGCCCGCCCAACAACAAUGAAGGGUGGUGCGAUCCCCCUCGACAGCACUUCGACAUGUCCAUGCCCGCAUUCCUCCGCAUUGCACGACAAGGCAACGAAGGCAUAAUCCCCGUACUCAUCAGAAGGGUUUCAUGUAGAAGGAGAGGUGGAGUUCAUUUUACCUUGAAGGGAGAAUCAAAUUUCAAUAUGGUGAUGAUAUCUAAUGUGGGUGGUAGCGGUGACGUGAAAGCUGCAUGGAUUAGGGGCUCGAAAACAAGAACAUGGGUUCCCAUGCACAGAAACUGGGGUGCAAAUUGGCAAAGCAGCAUCGACCUUCGAAGCCAGAACCUGUCUUUCAAAAUCACUUUGGUUGAUGGAAAAACCCUAGAAUUUUUCAAUGUGGUUCCAUCAUCAUGGAAUUUCGGACAGACUUUUGCCUCACAAAACCAGUUCUCUUAG